AUGUAUUAUCAAUCAGUACAGCAACUAUACAGUGACACAGAUCGAUAUGCAAAUGGAAAUCUAACACAAGGCGAAGAUAUUGCUGACAAUGGUGGUCUUAGAGGUGCAUUUUUCGCCUAUCAAAAAUGGGCAGCAAACAAUAAGAAUGUUGACAAAAGAUUACCUGGUCUUCAGAAAUAUUCUUCGGAACAAUUGUUCUUUAUCAAUUAUGCUUAUAACUGGUGUAUUAAGAUGACGAAUGCCUAUGCAGUUAAUCGUCUUCGAAUAGAUGUUCAUUCAUUGGAUCAAUUCAGAGUGAUUGGCCCAACAUCAAAUUUCGAUGAAUUCGAUCGAGCAUUUGGCUGUACACCAGGUCAAGGAAACAGUCGGAAAGACAAGUGUAGUGUUUGGUAG